AUGCUGCAUAUGGUUCGUCGAGCGUCGAGUCUGCCGGGCUGUCGACCGACACAGACCAUCCUCCGGGCGAAUGAGACGAACGGUGGCCAUAUUGUCGGAACCUUCCGUACUCGGCUCAGUUCAUCGUGGGGUAAGGUCCUCACCUCCAAAGUGGUGGUCAUCGACGAGAACGACUUGGAGGAGAAGUUUGUCAAAGGCAGCGGCAACGGCGGGCAGAAGAUUAACAAAGUUCGCAACUCCGUCUUUCUCAAGCAUACACCCACAGGAGUAUUCGUGCAAUGCCAGAAGACACGAUCUCUCGACGACAAUCGCCGCGUGGCGCGGAAGCUCCUGCAUGCCAAGUUGGACGAUUUGGUCAAUGGCACAACCAGUAAGCGGAAUGUCAAGAUCCAACUCGCCCAGAAAAAGAAGGCCAAGAAGAAAGCCAAGUCUAGGCAAAAACACUUGGGGGGCACCGCCAAACAAGCAUCGUCGGGCGACGACGAGCUUUUGUCCAAUGACGAUGUCGACGACGAUGACGAAAGUAGCGACGAAGAUGACGUUAGCGCUGAUAAACCAUCGAGCUAA